CUUUCAGCUCUGGGCCAGAAGAAGUCAGACGGCGGUAAGCAUAGACAAUCCUGUCAUUAUUGAUUGGGAUAUUUGAUCCCCUUAUUAUAAACCUAUGACAAUUCUUGUCACAACAUCGUGGAUAAUGGCCAAUAAGAAGAAAGUAAUUGUAACAGGUUUUGAGCCUUUUGGGGAACAUGCAGUGAACUCCAGCUGGGUGGCAGUACAGGAACUGGAACGAUUGGGGCUGGGUGAAGCAGUAGACCUUCAUGUGUGUGAGGUGCCUGUUGAAUACCAGGCUGUUCAGAUCCUACUGCCAUCUUUGUGGAAAGAGCACCAGCCACAGUUAGUGGUCCAUGUCGGUGUUUCUGGGUUAGCCACCACUGUCACUCUGGAGCAGUGCGGCCACAACAAGGGUUACAAACGCCUGGACAACUGCAGCUUCUGCCCAGCUUCCCAGUGUUGCAUGGAGAAUGGCCCCGACUGCAUACUCUCAGUCCUGGACAUGGAUACAGUCUGCAAAAGGGUCAAUGACUCUGGCCUCGGGGUCACUCUUUCUGUAUCUAAGGAUGCUGGGAGGUAUCUGUGUGACUACACCUAUUACACCUCUCUGCAUCUGGGACAGGGUCGCUCUGCCUUCAUCCAUGUGCCUCCGCUAGGAAAACCCUACAGCAGCCAGGACCUGGGUAGAGCUCUUCAGGCUGUCAUCCAGGAGAUGCUGAAACUCCUCGAACUGGAUCACAAACACAACGAGCACUGCAGUCACAAGCAUGUACAGCAGCACAACCACUAAUGACUGACUCCUAACUCGAGGAGACAUGUGGAAUAAAUUCACCAAAAUGGGUCGCUGACUUUAGUACGAGGUUAAAUCAAUGUGACUCCUGAGGCAAGUGAAAGAAUAAUUGAUUUAGUUGCUCAAAAGAUUUUAAAAACCUGUGACUAACAGUGCAGGUAGUGAUGACUCAACCGUUAGCUCCAGAAAUGAACGCCAAUGUCAAGAACAGGAACGCUGAAGUCUGAGUUUGAAGUUUUUAAAUGUAAUAUCAGAUCCAAUUGUAAGCCAUGUGUUGUAUCUUAAAAAUAUUGAACCUUUUAGAAGUUUAAAAACAACACCCUGACUACAACAUUUGUUUAUUUUAGACCUGGUCUAGAUCUUUGCAUGUGUGGAUUUGAAUGUGUGUGCAGCAGUAGUGGGCGUCUGUGAGUCUUACAGUAAUUGUGUCCUUCUACAAUUCUGCCUUUGAUCUUCCAUGAAGACUGUGAUAAUAGAUGUCAAUUCAACAAGUACGGUUGUAUUUACAUUGUGUCAUGUGAAAAGGGGGAUUGAUGUGAUUAUGUUAACUUAUUAUCAGUAAUACUAACAAGGUAGUAGCUGCAGGUCAUGUGUUGUGACACACUGUGGGAAUGUUUACAGACAUGCUAAAUUUUUAAGCCAUAGGCUUCCCCUCACACCUGUGAGUCUGUCCUCACUGUUUUGAAGUCUUCUUGGUACGAUUUGGUUGUUGUCUUGGCAUCACGCUGUCAUUCCCAUGUGUUGCUCGUAUUUGCACCAGAGAAAUGUGAUGACUUUGAAAUGACGUAAACCUGAACAAAUUUAAAGAUUUGAAUUUACAAUGAUUUGUUAAUCUCAGGGAAUAUAUUGCACAUGCAAUAAAUAUGAAGUAAUGUGAUUAA